AUGCCGUCGAAAAUCGAGGAGCUGAAGAACAGUUUUAGAAGAUUCAAAAAAUCAGAAUUGAUCAACCAGGACUUCAAAUGGGACAACGUAGUCACUUUGGAUGAGACUUCUGUGGCUGCUCAGAAUAUUGAUUCGGCAAAUUAUCAAUUGCGUGUCAAUAAGAUCAAUGAUCCUUCCAAAUUGGGCAUCGACCCAGGGGUCAACCAAUACUCUGGUUAUUUGGAUAUCAAAGAUGAGGACAAGCAUUUCUUUUAUUGGUUCUUCGAAAGUAGAAACGAUCCAAAGAAUGACCCUGUUAUUCUAUGGUUGAACGGUGGCCCAGGUUGUUCAUCCAUGACUGGGCUAUUUUUCGAAUUGGGUCCUGCUUCUAUCAAUGAAGAUUUGAAACCUAUCAACAACCCAUACUCUUGGAACCAAAACGCCUCAGUCAUCUUUUUAGAUCAACCAGUCAACGUCGGUUAUUCUUAUUUGGGUGAAAAUGGAAAACAUCCUGUCUCAAACACCUAUGCUGCUGGUAAAGAUGUCUAUGCCUUUUUACAAUUGUUUUUCAAACAAUUCCCAGAAUUUUCAGAAAAUCAAUCCUUCCAUAUUGCUGGUGAAUCCUACGCAGGCCAUUAUAUCCCAGUAUUUGCUGAGGAAAUCUUAUCACAUCCUGCAGAAGAAAGAAAUUUCAACCUAUCUUCUGUCUUGAUUGGUAAUGGGUUGACCGAUCCUUUGACUCAAUAUUCUUAUUAUCAACCUAUGGCUUGUGGUGAAGGUGGUGCUCCUCCUUCUUUGGAUGAACAACAAUGUGAUGCCAUGGAAAGAUCCUUGGAUCGUUGUUUGGCAAUGAUUAACCAAUGUUAUCAAAGUGAAAGUGUUUGGUCUUGUGUCCCAGCUUCCAUCUAUUGUAAUAAUGCUCAAUUGGGUCCAUACCAAAGAACAGGGAAAAACGUCUACGAUGUUAGAAAGCCUUGUGAAGGUGGUAACUUGUGCUACCCACAAUUGCAAUACGUUGACGAUUAUUUGAAUCAAAAGAAAGUCAUUGAUACCGUAGGUGCUGAAGUAACAAGUUUCGAAAGUUGUAAUUUUGAUAUUAAUAGAAAUUUCUUAUUCCAAGGUGAUUGGAUGAAACCUUAUCAAAGAGAAGUCACCAAAUUGUUAGAUGACCAUGGCUUACCAGUAUUGAUCUACGCCGGUGAUAAAGAUUUCAUCUGUAAUUGGUUGGGUAAUCAAGCUUGGACUGAAGCUUUGCCAUGGGAAUACACUCAAGAAUUUAACGAAGCAAAGACCAAGAAAUGGUUGAGCGACAGCACAGGUGAACAUAUCGGUGACUACAAAACUUUUGAUAAAUUAUCUUUCCUAAGAGUGUUUGAGGCUGGUCAUAUGGUUCCUUAUGAUCAACCAGAAAACUCUUUACAAAUGGUCAAUUCAUGGAUUCAAGAUGGCUAUAAGUUUAUGGAAUAUGAUAAAUAA